AUGCCUCCCAAAAAGGCUGUGGAAGAAAAGAAGAUCCUGCUAGGCAGGCCUGGGAACAAUCUGAAGAGCGGCAUCGUUGGCCUUGCUAAUGUCGGCAAAUCGACACUCUUCCAAGCCAUCACAAAAUGCUCGCUAGGCAACCCGGCGAACUUCCCUUACGCAACUAUCGAUCCUGAAGAGGCGCGAGUCAUUGUCCCGGAUGCACGAUACGAUUGGCUCUGCGAACACUACAAACCCAAAUCUCAAGUCCCGGCUAAUCUGACCGUGUACGAUAUCGCUGGUCUGACUCGAGGUUCCUCGACCGGCGCUGGUCUGGGUAACUCCUUCCUGUCGCACAUCAGGGCUGUGGAUGCGAUCUUUGAAGUCGUGCGAUGUUUUGACGACGCCGAGAUUAUUCACGUGGAAGGGGAUGUCAACCCGACGAGAGAUUUGGACAUCAUCUCCGAGGAGCUGCGGUUAAAAGACAUUGAGUUCGUGGAGAAGGCCAAGGAAAACUUGUCCAAACAGACCAGGAGAGGUGGUCAGAGUCUAGAGAUGAAGAAGUUGAGAGAAGAGGAGGCGACAGUUGACAAAAUCCUACAGUGGCUGAAAGACGGCAAGGAUGUGAGAAAGGGUGACUGGGGUCCUAAAGAGAUCGAAGUCAUCAACCCUCUGUUCCUCCUCACCGCCAAACCCGUAGUCUAUCUUAUCAACCUCUCCGAAAAGGACUAUCUCCGCCAAAAGAAUAAAUACCUCCCUAAGGUGAUGGAAUGGAUCAAAACCAACUCUCCCGGUGAUCCAGUCAUACCCAUGUCGGUCUCGUUUGAAGAACGUCUAGCCGCCAUGUCAGACGCCGAAGCGGCGGAAGAAUGCAAAAACCUCAACACCAAAUCCGCUCUGCCGAAAGUUAUUGUGACGAUGAGACAGGCACUCAACCUAGCAAGCUUUUUCACCACUGGUGCGGAUGAGGUGAGACAAUGGACAAUUAGGAAGGGCACGAAGGCACCGCAAGCGGCUGGAGUGAUCCAUACGGAUUUCGAGAAGACGUUUAUCCAGUGUAUUGUGUAUAAUUACGAGACAUUGAGGGAAUAUGGUGAUGAGAAUGCCGUGAGAGCGGCCGGGAAAGUUAUGACCAAGGGGAAGGAUUAUGUUGUGGAAGAUGGCGAUAUCAUUCUCAUCAAGGCCGGGGCGGCAAAGGCGUGA